GCUUUUUAGACUACUUCUAUACUUCAAGUAUAUCAACACAUGAUAGACUAGUGUUUAUCCUUCUAGAUUUUCGUUGAUAUUUCAUUGGCUUACAACACAUAUCUAUUUAAACUGAUACAUAGUGUAGAUGAUCGCAGCGUGCAUUUGGACUACAUACGCUUACAAUGCUGUUAUCAUAAUAUUUCAACACUUUAAUGACACAAAACAAAAUGUAAGCCUUCUUUAUUGUUUUUUAAACUCAACUGAAAAUAAGAAAAUGGAUAAUGUAAAAACGACCCAUAAACACACAUAAAGCACCCUCUGAAUGGAAGCCCCUCCCGCAGUGAUUUAAGCUAUGACUAAAUCAAAGGUGACAUAGAUGUAUUUAUUCACCGACAUAACGUUUCGACACAUAUAGAUAUAAAACGGAUUUCACACAUUUCGGGAAAAGAAAAUGGCAACGGGUAGCAUCUCGACGGAAAAUCGUAUUCAUCUGUUUCGUUUGCAGAUACUCAUUAUAGAUGGAGGUCUUUUGAUUUUGAGAGAUAUAGUGGACACCAUUCUAAAUGCAAAUGGAAUAUCCCUAUCGGCAUGUUUGAAAAACGAAAAGGCCACUAUUCAGCAUUUAAAAAGCCGUGGUAUCAUAACCCAAGUCCAAUAUGACAUAUUAUUUCCACCGGGUGGCAUGCUCCCCACUUCAUUUGAUCUGGACAUCACUCUUAUCAUAUGUCUUCUUAGAAACCUCAAUUGUUUCAAAUUGAACAAAAAGUUUAACUGGAAAACAUCUCCCUUACCAACUGAUGUAUCAUUGGAAGCAGAUAUUUGUCGGUUAAAGAAUUUCCGAAACAAAAUAAGUCAUAUAUCAGCAACGACUGCAUUACUGCCUAAUGAUUUUACUAUUUGGUGGAGUGAUAUCGAGCAGAUACUUAUUCGACGAAGUUCCCCAGCUCUUAAUAUUCGACAAACAAUUGCCGACUUUAAAUCCUGUCCCCUUGAUACCAAGGAGGAGAGACGGAUACAGAAAGAAAUAGAAAAGUGGAAAGACUACGAAGCCGAUGUUGAUCGAUUAUAAAAAGACAUGAAAUAUGUGAUAGAAAAUGUAAGUGACGUAAGAGAAAUUGUUACCGAGACGAAUAUCUUAAAGAAAGAUGUUUGCGAAAUGCAGGAACACUUUGGUAAAGUAAAGAAAAAUAUUGAUGAAAUGAAAGCUUAUGUAAGUAAAGUUGAUGAAACUGUUGGCGAAAUAAGAGAAAACGUAGAUGACAUGCAGGAAAACUUUGUUGAAAUGAAGGAAACGGUUACUAAAAUGGAAGGAAAUGUUGGUGAAAUGAAGGAUGAAAUUAAAGAUGUGAAAAAAAGACAGGAUGCAGCAGAGAAAUGUAGAGAAGUUGACAUCUUUAAACAGGCUGAUGAGGAAAAAUAUCAACAACUGAAAACACAUCUCAAAGAUGAUUUGAUUAAAUACUAUAAAUGGAAACACAGCAGAGUUCCACUGUCACCUUUGUUUGAGGAAAAGGAUACGUCAUUGGCCGACUUUUAUAUGAGGCCUGAAUUUAAAUUAGUAGUUUCAAAUUCGACAGGAGGAAAAGACCAAAAAACACCAAUCAAAGUUUUGUCCAACAUGUUCAACAACCGAGAAAUUUAUGUUACUGCAGAUGCUGGGUUUGGAAAAACUACAUUUUCAAAGUAUCUAGCGACUUUGUGGAGCGAAGCUCAUUGCCAGGACAAAAAAGAUCAAACAUCUUUUGAAAAUGAUGAUAAAGAUUGCAUGUUUAAAUUUGAGUACGUCUUUCUAAUUUUAUUGCGAGAUUCGUACGAUUUAUGCUCUAUUGAUGACUUCUUAUUCAAACAAAUUAUUUCAAACUUGGACCACUCCAAACAAUUUACGGAAGAUUUUCUGCAGGAAAUCAUGCACAAUGAAAAUUGUCUAGUGAUACUUGAUGGACUAGAUGAAUGGACUCACCCGGACAAGUGCUGUUACAGGGAGCCAAAAUCGAUCCCCCACAGGAGUAUCAGAGAAAAAUGUACAGUUCUGACUACCACUAGACCUUGGAAAUUAGGGUUUUUAAAUCUGAAUUCGAACGAAUUAGGCAUUAAGGUAGAACUUUCUAAACUAGGUGGAGACUCGGUAAAUACACUUUCCAAAAGGACCUUACAACUGUUAAAAUCUCCCCCUAAUGAGAUGUCAUUACGAAAUGAGCUCCAUCUGUUCAAUAAAGAAAUAGAAAGAAGAGACAUUACUGACCUUGCCUUUGUGCCCCUACUUUUAAUGUAUAUAAUUUGUUUAUAUUGUGAUGGUGUUCAAAUAGGAAGUUCAAGGUGCGAGCUUUAUGCUGAUAUUAUUGAACUUCUUUUAUCAAAAACGAUACAGAAACACCGAGAUUGUCAACUUCCGGUGCACCCUUACACCGGUGAAAUUCCACAAUGUUUUGAAGGCCAUUUUCAUUGUAAGACUAACUAUACUCUCCUGAUUGCUUUGGGGAAACUAGCAUAUUAUUCAUUUUUUAAUGAAACAAAAGAAAAAACGCUGGUAUUUGAAGGAUCAAUUGCUGAAAAGUAUCUCGAACCAGAAUAUAUCAAAUUAUGCUUGAUCUCAGGAAUAUUGACUGAAAGCAAAACAAGGACACUAACAAAACAGAUAAGUAAAGAAUCUUUUUCCCAUAAAACAGUUCAGGAAUUCUUUGUUGCCAUAUUUAUUAUUUCCCAAAGCGAAUUGCAGAAAACGGUUUUAGAAAAAUGUGAAAAAGUCCAAAGCAUUCUUGAUAUCUCGACAAUUUGUCAGUUUAUCGGCAAACUAAAUCCAACAAUAAUGUGUGAAAUAUCAGAGGGUUUUAUGUUUGUGAUAAAUGAUGAUGAGGAAACACGUGAGUAUAGGUCUAGGACGGAUGUUAAAUAUAUGCACUAUCAUACAUUGUAUAACAUACAAAACAUGUUACUUUCAUGUUUCAAAGAAAUGACUGAAAGUAAACAUACUCAGCUGUGUUUACAAGAUGUGUUCAUUUCAUGUGACAAUGUGCAUAACGAGCAUUUGCAAUGUUUGGCAAAACUAAAUAGAACAAACAUAAAAUCGCUUGAUAUAAAUGGCAACAAUACUUCAUGCAGUUUAUGUGAAGUUAUUGAUUUAUUUUCUCUCUAGAUUCUUUACAGAAACUUUUUUAUGAAGGUGAGAGGGAAAAAGAGGCUGAAAUCCAUUUGUUACUAUAUCCUUGUCUCAAAAGGCUGACUUUGUUGUAUGGCAAAUGGAUAAAUUAUGAAGGAAAUCUGAGUGAAAGUCUCGUUAAACUUCAAAAUGUACAUUAUAUUUAUGUUAAACAGUUCACAUUAUCUCACAAAAUACUUGAGACAAUAUUUUCUUCUAUUCCUGGUAAAAAUGCAUUAAAGGAAAUAACUUUGUCGAAGCUAUCAUGUUACGAACAUGGCGUCGAUCAAUGUAAGAGAUUGAGCUUUGACCUUUCUCGGCAUUCAAGCCUAACAAAGUUACAAUUGUCCGAGUUACCGUCUUUGCAAUUAAAUAUAACAACACCGUCGUUAGUUGAUGUUUACUUGUGGGGAAUCAAUCUAGGUGACACUUCUUUGUUACUGUCAGGUGGCAUGUUAAAUAUUAAACGCGUGGAGUUGUUUUAUAUAGAAAUGUCUGCAGCAAGUUUACAGUAGCUUUGUGAUUGUUCUAGAAAAGCUCCCUCAGUUAGUAACAGUAGAGAUGCACAAGUGCGAAAUAGAACCGGAAACAGAACGUAAAAAUGUCAGUAACUAUGUACAGAGUUCCGAAAUCUUUGUUGUGACAAGAGACCAUUUCCAUUCACAAUGGACGUUUACCUUUACAAAAAAUCCCCAAGAAGUAAAUGAAAGACAAAAUAAGCAUUGUGCACACUGCACGAUAAACUAACGUACUUUAUUCAAAUCUUUGAAAAUGUAGACACGUUAAAAAGAAUCUUUUAUCAAAAUUUAGUUUUAGAAGGAGAUAACCGCAGCUUGGUUCAUAUUCACAUUUUUAACUAGGACCAUUUUUGACAAAAGAAUUCGAGGUGUUUUCUUUUCCGUGCUCAUACUCUUAGGUAGCUGGAUAAGGUAUCUCUUCAAUUAAAUUUGAAACGGGUCUUAACACUGUGUGUAGUACAAUAAGACAUUUAUUCUUUAUUCAUAGUACUUUUUUAGUUUAGAUGCAAAAAAUAGCCAUUUAAAAUGUUAAAAUAAAAUAAUGGCUAUGACUUUGAAUUUACACUAAGACUUUCUCCUUUUUGUACCAUUGCUUACUUUAUGGUAUUGUAAUUGUUUUGCUGUGUGAGAUACCAAAUAUCAUGGUUGAGAUAUUGAUUAAGAUAUAAUGUUUGAGAUAUUGAUUUAAAUAUCAUGCUUGAGAUAUUGAUAAAAAUAUGAUGUUUGAGAUAUUGAUUGAAAUAUCAUGUUUGAGAUAUUGAUUAAGAUAUAAUGUUUGAGAUAUUGAUUGAAAUAUCAUGUUUGAGAUAUUGAUUAAGAUAUAAUGUUUGAGAUAUUGAUUGAAAUAUGAUGUUUAAGAUAUUGAUUUAAAUAUGAUAUUUGUGAUAUUGAUUAAAUUAUGAUGUUUGUUUGAGAUAUAUUGAUUAAAAUAUGUUUGAGAUAUUGAUUAAGUUAUCAUGUUUGAGAUAUUGAUUAGAAUAUGAUGUUUUAGAUAUUGAUUUAAAUAUCAUGUUUAAGAUAUUGAUAAAAGUUUGAUAUUUUACGGAAACGUGUAGCGACCACCCCUAUAUGUUAGUUAAAACAGAAUUUUUGACAAUUUACUUAAUACAUACUAUAUACCUAACCAAUUUUUAUAAACUUACUUGAUCUGAAAUAUUUAUCUUGUACUAUCUACAGCCUGUGCAUGUUGGUAAAAACAGAAUUAAAGACAAUUUAUUUAACACACGAUUUAUAUUUGACCAAUAUUUACAUUGUUAAUUGAUUAAGAAAUAACAUCGGCCUGAGAGGUGUAUAUCGGCUAUUUAACACCGGUUUGGAGUUGUGAUGCGUAGGAAUUGACCACGAAGGCCGUAGGCCUGAGUAGUUAAUUUUGUCGCAUCAAAACGACAAUACCGGUGUUAAAUAGCCGAUAUACACCUCUCAGGCCGAUGUUAUUUCGAUUCUAACACGAUAAAAUAAGGAAAAUCACUAAUGUUAUUUUUGAAGCGGAAAUAACUUCCGGUGCCGAUUUUCGUAUAAAGCUGUUCGAUUUUCGCACCCUACUGUUGCGAAGAUAUAGAAAUUAUUAAACAAAAGAAAUAAUAAGAAAAAAACGUUAUUUUAUCAAGUUCUGAACAAUAAAAACUUACGUCGUAUUGUGUUUACAUCAGAGCCCCAUUUAUCAUUCUUGUCUGCAUGAAAUAACGUCAGUUUGUUUAUGAAUGAGUUGUUUACUUAGGAUGACGUCAUUACGCUACUUACGGAUUGGCGCCGUUUAGAUAUAGAGGAUAUUUGUUUAGUUCAGUGUAAGAUCGGAAUAUAUUUCACCGAGUGAGCACCAAAAGGUUUAUUUCACGAGUGGCGCAGCCACGAGUGAAAUAUGAACUUUUGGUGUUCACAAGGUGAAAUAUAUUUAAUCUUACACUAAACUAAACAAAUUUUCUUUUUAUUACAUGCAAAGAAACGUUUUAAAUAGACAUUAAACCUAAUACUGAAUGAAAAGCGCGCAACUAAUAAUACAACGUGACGUCAUUUACGACGUCACGUCAUUAAGUUGGUACCCAGUAUUGUGCACGCUGGUAUUUCACUAAAACAACGUAAGGGGUUUAAAUUCAAAACAGUGAAAUUAUCAAAGUGGUAAUUUCACUGUUUCAAACAGUGAAAUUACCAGUUUUAUAUCACUGAUAUAUUUCUAUAAACCACCGAAAAGCAUGUAAUAAAUGGAUCUAAUAUGUGGCGUUAGUGUAUGUCAGAUAUUAUUUCGGUAUUGUAUGAAAAGAAAACAUUAUACGAACUGAAAAUAUAAAUAAAAAUGUUUUUAUUGUUGCUUUAAAAUGCUUUGUAAACUAUACAAUCGAGGGUGAAAACAUAACAGCGCAUAUUCAAGUAGUCCCUAACCGGUGUUUAUUGGCAGUUUAACACCAGUUUUUUUCCUUCUUUGUGUAUAAUGACAAAAUCACGUGAGUGUUAGAAUCUUGAAUAUAUAUCAUUUACUCAAUCUGCUUUUAAUAUUGCUGGAUUCAAAUUUAUGUGACAUUUUUCUGUUCAUUUAUAUGUAUAGUUAUAUAUUAUAUUAAGGUUUUUAAUUCGCAAACCUCUAUCAUUAUAAAAUAUAAUAUAACAUAUUUUACAAUUUAUAUUUGAUACUGAGGACAGAAAAAUCUCGUACAAUAGAAAGCUUUUUUAAAGAUUAUAUAUGAAACAUUUGAAUGAGGCUGUGUAUUCCAAAGAUGAAGGAAUGUUUAAAUAAUUGUGCUUCAGAUAGUGUUACAAGAUAAAGAUUAUAUAAUAAAGACAAACUCCGUUAGUGGUUAAUAAGCAUAAAAUAAGCUAGUGAAGUAGUACCUGGUGUAAAUUAGUUAUCGUAGAAACCAUUAUAUGUUUGUAAGAUAUAUAAUACAUAGGGCUUAAAACGAUAACUUCCGACAAAUUUACCAUUUCAAAUGUAUGUACAGAGUAUGGUACAUGAUAAAUAUCAUAUAAAAAGGCAUAUUCGACCGGUUGAUCUUAUUAUAGGAACAUAGAUCCAAAACCUUAAGCGAUAUUUCGCCUUAUAUGAUGUGUGACACGAGAAAAGUCAAGACAUUUGUAUUUGAUAAAUCAAAUAAUUUAAUCAAGUGAUAUUGUAAAUCAUAUAUAAUACGUAUUGUUUUGUAAUCUAUCGUACGUUUUUAUCUUAUAAUGCAAGAUAAACUACUUUUAAAUUUUUGACAAAUGAAAAAAUAAAACACUUACAUCUUUUUAAAUAUGUAAUUCUUUCCUGAAAUCAUAUUUGCAUAUAACAAACAUACUUUAAAACUGUAAAAAAAAGUCAUUUGAUGUGUAUCAUAUAGGGGUGGUCGCUAUACGUUUCCGUAAUAUUUGAUAUAUUGAUUGAAAUAUGAUGUGUGAGAUAUUGAUUAAAAUAUCAUGCUUGGUAUAUUGAUUGAAAUAUGUAAAUUAAGAUACUGAUUAAAAUAUCAUGUUUGUGAUAUUUAUUUACGGAAACGUAUAGCGACCACCCCUACAUGUUAGUAAAAACAUAAUUUUGACAAUUUAUUUGAUACAUAUUAUAUACCUAACAAAUUUUUACAAACUUCCUUGAUCUGAAAUAUUUAUCUAGUUAUAUCUACCGCCCCUGCAUUUUGGUAAAAACCGAAAUUUAAGACAAUUUUUUGAACACACGAUAUAUAUCUGACCAAUAUUUACAUUGUUUUUUUUAUCUUGAAUAUAUAUAAUUUACUCAAUCUGCUGUUUAUAUUGCUGGAUCAAAAUUUAUGUGAAAUUUUUCAGUUCAUUUAUAUGUAUUAGUUAUAUACACUUGAGGUUUUUUAUUCGCAUACCGUUAUCAUUAUAAAAUAUAAUAUAACAUAUUUUACAAUUUAUAUUUGAUAAUAAGGACAGAAAAAUCCUGCACAAUACAAAGCUUUUUUAAAGAUUAUAUAUGAAACAUUUGAAUGAGGCUGUGUAUUUCAAAGAUUAAGGAAUGUUUAAAUAAUUGUGCUUCAGAAAGUGUUACAAGAUAAAGAUUAUAUAAAAAAGACAAACUCCGUUAGUUGUUAAUAAGCAUAAAAUAAGCUAGUGAAGUAGUACUUGAUGAAAAUUAGUUACCAUACAAACCAUUAUAUUUUUGUAAGAUAUAUAAUAUAUAUAGCUUAAAACGAUAACUUCCGACAAAUUUACCAUUUAAAAUGUAUGUACAGAGGAUGGUACAUGAUAAAUAUUAUAUAAAAAUGAAUAUUCGACCAGUUGAUCUUAUUAUAGGAACAUAGAUCCCAAAGCUUAAGCGAUAUUUCGUCUUAUAUGAUGUGUGACACGAGAAAAGUCAAGACAUUUGAUAAAGGAAGCAAUUUAAUCAAGUUACGUUGUAAAUCAUAUAUAAUACAUAUUUUUUUUAUAAUUUAUCGUACUUUUUUAUCUUCUAAUGCAAGAUAAACUACUUUUAACUUUUAAGCAAAAUGAAAAAAUAAAACACUUACAUCUUUUUGAAUAUGUAAUUCUUUCCUGAAUUCAUAUUUGUAUAUAACAAACAUAUUAUAAAACUGUAAAAAAGUCAUUUGAUAUAUAUACCAAAAUACGGUAUCCAUGAAACCCAUGUCAAAUCCCUUCACAGUGAGUCUGUACAUUAAACACGUCCAAAAACAUUGAGUGUCGAGAAAGUGAAGCAGGCAUCUGAAUCUAUACAGGCUGAUUACACACAACCGCAGAGUCGUGGGCGUGCACGUAAUCCACGUGCUGCGUCUAAAGUAAGAGCGCAUUCAGCCGUACCAUAUAGACGACAGAGUGUUAGUGUUACUAUGGUCAACAAUACAGUCAAGGGUCAGUAGGACACAGCUGAGAAGGUCACGCUUAGGUGUGCAUUGCUGAAUGUACAGGGUUUAAAAACGAAACGAACUGAUAAAUUAAAAUCGCCUGAACUGCAGUCUGUAUUUAACUCACACGACAUUGUAUUAUUUACCGAAACUUGGUCAAAUGAAAGUGUUGAUUUGCAUGUUAAUGAUUUUCAAUAUUACGCUUUACAUAUACUUAGAACAAAAAAUCUAGCAAAAAGAGAUUGUGUUGGUAUUAUUGUAUAUUUGAGAGAAAACUUUGUUUCAAAUGAUACUCUCGUAUUUCUGAGCGAUGAUGAUAUUUUAUGUAUUAAAAUAAGUGGUAAUUUAUUGUAUACCGGCUUGUAUGUGUGAUUAUGUUAUGCAGUACCCGAGAACAGUAGUAGACAAUCAAUGAUAGAAACAAUUAUGUUUGAUCGUCUUACGGACUUUAUUACUAGCUUAGGGUCUACAUGUGAAGAAAAUCUAAAUUUAUGUUAUUUGGCGACAUGAAUGCUCACACAAGUAAUUAUCCUGAUUUUGUCACAAAUGAUAAUUAUUGUACUCAUAUGAAUGUUUUACCUGUUGAUUAUGAUAUUGACCCAAUUAUGAAUCGUUAUUCACAAGAUAAAUGCUGUGUAAAUAGCUAUGGUUUAACAUUGUUAGAUAUUUGUAAACAUACUGGCCUAAGAAUUCUGAAUUUAAGAUUUGGCAAAGAUAAAUAUAUAGGUCGCAACACAUUUGUUGGGAGUAGAGGUAGUAGUUUAGUUGAUUAUGUAAUAAGUACACACAAUUUGUUUCAAUAUAUUGACGUUUUUGAGGUACAAAUUCCAAAUAUAUUAAGUGAUCACUGCCUUGUGGAUAUAUCUCUUGUUUUUGAUAAACCUUUAUAUGUACAUGUACAAAAUGCCAAGCCAUGUGAAACUAUAGAUAGCUUCAAAUAUGUGUGGAAUAACGGUAAAAAGCAGAUGUUUGCUGAAAACUUAUCUUCUGAAAAUACGAUGAAUAAACUGAAUUAUUUCAAUGUCAAAGUGAAUAAUGUUAAGUCUUCUUCUGAUAUUGAUGAAUGUAUUAAUGAUUUUUCUAAUAUUAUUGACGCGGUUGCGUCCCCUUUGUUUAAAAAGGAUGUUAAACACGCUGAUAGCGAAACUUCAGUCAGUCAUAUUGUUGAUUGUAAAUGGUAUACGCAAGAAUGUUUUGAACUUAGAAAUAUUUUUCACAAAAUGUUAAACGUCUAUCGAAAUAAUAAAUCUGAUUUGAAUAGACAAAAUAUGGUUCAUGCAUGACGAAUUAUAAAUCAUGUAUACGCAAAUGUAAAAUGGAUUAUGACCGCAAUGAAAUGGCAAAAUUAACCGAUGCAAAACAUAAAAACGUUAAGUUGUAUUGGAAAAUGCUUAAAACUUGUGCUGGUGUUAAACAGCCUAAUAUUCAAAUUGAUGUAUUUCAGAAAUAUUUUGAGUCUGUAAAUGCCCCAGACGAUCACUUUUUAGGCCUGAUGAAGAUGUUUUGUAUUUUAUAUAGAGGUAUGAACAAAAUGAUUUUAAUAUAAGGUUUCAUGAAUUGAAUGUCCCUAUCACUGAACAGCGCUAAUUAAAAGCAAUCCGUCAACUACAGACAAAUAGAAGUAGCGGUCCGGAUAAAUACCUUGACGAAUUCUUUAUUAAUGGUAAACAUGUUUUAAUGCCAUUUUUGUUAAAUUUGUUUAACAAAAUAUUUGAAGUAGGAUACUUCCCAGAAAGUUGGUCUGAAGGAUUUGUAAUACCCCUACUAUUAAUGAUGAAAACAGCUAUAGAGAAAUUACAUUAUUGAGUACAUUAAGUAAAUUAUUUUCACGUGUUUUAAAUAAUAGACUGGUAGAAUGGGCAGAAAAUUAUGGUGUAUGUAUUGAGGCCAUGUCAGGUUUUAGGCAAAAAAAUGGGCACGGUAGAUAAUAUAUUUGUUUGGCAUGGUUUGAUUUCUCAUGUGAUUAAUAACGGUAAAAAAUUAUAUUGCGCUUUUAUUGAUUUUAGCAAAGCCUUUGAUUAUGUUGUUAGAGACAACUUGUGGCUGAAAUUGAUACAAUUAGGUAUCCGUGGCAAAAUGUUGAAUAUUAUAAGAUCUAUGUACAACUCAGUAAAAUCAAAAGUAAAAUAUUGUAACUCUUUAAGUGAACCAUUUAAUUGUAUUUUAG